GAGUAUGGGCGGUAAACAAUGGUUGAUGAGGAAGUUUAUUGUUCAACAAUGAAACAAGUCAAAACAAGAAGAGAGAUGCUGUGAAAAGCAAGUAUUGCAGUCAGUGGAUAGCCGUUGUAUUAGUAUUUUACCUUUCUAUGACAUAGCAGAGUAUAAUUUGAUUGUUGGGGGGGGUACGUUAGCAAGUUCUUGGCGACAUUUAAUCUUUAACUAGUUAUAGUAGCUAGAUACCCAGUAACGUUAGGUUAGUAAGGACAAACACAUGCGUGCAUUAAUUGACCCUGAUAGCUAUAUAAGGUCGGCUACAUUAUUCAGAUUAUCCUUGGCAUAGUCACCGUGUGGCCUACGUACGUGGACGGUGUAUAACAGUGAACUGGGGAGGCGUGUCAAGUGUUACGAUAUAAUCAGUUGGAGUCGACAUUAUAGAGGACGACGAGCUACCGUUUGGCGAGUCAGUCUCUUGAAGUGAGAACAAAGUCGCUGUGAUAUCUUAACUUGCAAAACUAGUAUUUUUGUAAAAGCUUAAAGCUUUGAAAAUGUCUUUGGCUGACCAAAGUCAGCAGUGGUAUCCCACAAGCGUACAGGUGACCGUGUUCCAAGCCAGGAAUUUGAGGAUCAAAGGAAAGAAUGGAACCAACGAUGCCUAUGCCAUCAUGCAGGUGGCCAAAGACAAGUUUUCUACCUCGGUUGCCGAGAAAUGUGUCGCACCGGUAUGGAAGGAAGAAGCAACGUUUGACCUGCCACUGUUCCACCAUGGCAAUGCUGAACGCUGCACACUAUACAUCAUAGUAAUGCACAGAGCUCUGGUGGGACUGGACAAGCUCCUGGGACGAGCUGUGAUCAACCUACUUGAUCUACACGAUAACAGCGCCCGCAAAAAGACCGAUUGGUACAAACUGCUGGAUAAGAAUGGGAAGGAGGACAAGGUCAGAGGGGAAGUGAUGAUGGACAUCCAGUUCAUGAGAAACAACUUAACAGCCAGCAUGUUUGACCUUUCUAUGCAAGACAAACCACGCUCCCGCAUCGGAAAGCUCAAGGACAAAGUGCGUGGGAAAAAAAAGGAUAGCUUCUCUGACUCUGCCUCUGCAAUAGUGCCCUCUUUCAGCCAGGUAGUCACUGACAGCGAGGGAGAGGCUGACUCCCACUCAGUAUGCCCAGAGUCCCCUGGGGCCAAGAAAAAAUCCAAGCUAAAGUCCCUCUUUGCCCCUAAAUCCAACCUGCAGCGCAAUGUCUCCCAGUCCAUGUCCACACUGGGCACUCUUCCUGAGAAGAACGCAUCCCUCGGUGGCAGUCGCUCUUCUGGCCUCAAUGUGGAUUCUCCUGAUGUUAAAAAGAAGUUCAAGUUCCUGGGCCACAAGCGCACAGGCAGCAAUGACAGCAAAGUGUCUACAGGACCUUUUUCUCUUCUGGGCAGAUCCAAGCAGAAAGAAGACCCGAACAGCAUGUGCAUCAACGGCAAUCAUGUGUAUGCAGAGGAGGUAGAACCCAUGUCUGGGUCCACCCUCAGCCUUAACAGCUCUGGUCAGGGCUCAGUGGAGGAUGUACGAAGCCACAGGCAACCAUCUGACGCCGCCGUAGACUCCCUCAAGGGCGCCCCUGUCAACACCUACAGAAAGGAGUCUGCAGAUAGGGAUAGGGCUCUGCUGGAGCAAAGGCGCCUUCAGGAAGAGGGAGAGAAGAGGCAGGCUGAGGAGAAGAGACGUAAUGAGGAGAAACAAAGAGUGCAGCUCAAGGUACUGCAGGAGGAGGAAUGCAAGAAACAGGAGGAGGAAUGCAAGAAACAGGAGGAGGAAUGCAAGAAACAGGAGGAGGAACGCAAGAAACAGGAGGAGGAACGCAAGAAACAGGAGGAGCAGGAGAGGAGGUUCCAGGAGGAUGAGGCAAGGAGGAAGAAGCAGCAGGAAGAGGAAGAGGACCGGAAGCGGCUAGCGGAAGAAAGAAGGCGGCUGAAGGCGGGUGAGCUUCAGAGGCUGGGGGAGGAGCAGAGGCAGCAGGAGGAGGCCAAGAAGGCAGAGGAGCAGAAACAACAGGAGGAGGCCUCUGUGACUGAGAGGCUGUCCUCUCUGUUUGGUAUGAUCAGGAAGAAGGAGGAGAAGAAGGAAGAGCUGCAGCAGAGUGUCGCCAAUGAGGUGAGGCACAACCCAUCUCCCAGUCACAGCACCAGAGAUUUGGAGGUCCCUGUUCCUGCCCCUCGCCAUGCUGCCAACCCACUCAAGGAUAUUCUCCUCAGUCCAGACCCUCCAAUCCCAUUUGAGGAGAGCCCGGUGGACCACCAGAAGGGUGUUUGCGGCACCAACACCCCGAGCGCUGCAGUCUUCAACUCCAACCGCACUGCCAAGGUGUCUGCAGUCAAGCCCAGAUUGGUGGAGUCUCUGAAGCAGCCUGAAACCCCCAACUCAGACUCCCAUAGGCAACAAUCUCCCUCCCUGUCCUGCACCGAAUCCCCUCUCUCUAGCGUCCCUUCUGAGUCUCCUGAUAUGUUCUCCAACCUUCACUCCUCCCUGGCUCCACCUAGGACACGGAGGAGCACCUCUGAGUCCCCCUGCAGCAGCACUGAGAACCUGACUGCCAUAGGAUCUUCCCCUAUCGGAUCUGAGAGGAAGCGGCAAGCUCCUCUGCCCCCCAGCCCAAUGGAACUGCAUGGAAAUCCCAAUGCAGGCUCCAGAAGUGUGUCUGCUAAUUGUGGCUCUCUUGUGUCAAUUAAGGAGGUUGAGGCCAAAAGACCUCCUCUACCUCUUCCUGACUAUGAUCGCCUGUUCCCACAGAAGAGGCAUGGAGUACAAGGACAGACUCAAUGGGACCAUAUCAUUGCAGAAGUGAAUCAGAGACAGCAGGAAUACACAUCUCAGCUCAUUGGAGAAGAGAUGAGCGUUGAUGGCCCAGGCCUCGACUCCCCAGCACCUCCACACAAUGACAAAUAUUUGUACUUGAAGGAGAGGGCAGCAGAACGCCUUAACCAGCAACAGACACAAGUUCAGGAAGUUCAAUCUUCAUCUUGGAGGAGAGUGGGGCCCAACAGUUCGCCAGCGUUCAUCCCCCCUCCCAAACCUGGAGCUGCAGCCCGCCCUAGACUAGUGAUGGACUCAAACAAAAAGCAAGGCCAGAACACUGUACAGGCUAAUCAAACUGUUGAAAGACACAACGCCUUCGUCUCCAAAGUCUUGGGCUCUACCAUUCCUAUGGCUCAAAGCAACAACGUACCCUCAGUGAAACCUUGGGAAGAUGCAAGGAAGGUGCCUAAAACAUCAGUUGCUUUAGCCAGUGAAGGCCAUUCUGUUCUCCCGAUAGAAAAGCCUACUAGACUUACAUUAACAGAAGUUUGGGUGUCAAGUUGUACAGAUGGACGUAAAGGACUGCCGAACGCUCUCAAAGAGAUCCCCGCAACCAAACCCAGACAAAGGUUAACCAGCAAAGAGCCAGUGAGACAAGUGGAUCCUGAGCCAAAAGCAGCAGAGUCUACUACCAAUGUACAGCAGGAGAACAGAUCAGAAAUGAGGGCAGCCUCCAUAGACAUGAGAGUGAGUAGUCCAGUCAUGGCAAAGAACACUGAGGUAACUGCUAACAGUGAAAAGCAACCCUCACCUGACUCUGUAGAAAGCGACAAUAACAAAAAACAACUGGAACGCUUUAUGAAAGAGACAUUUUCUGAACCUGACCCUUUUCCCAUUGCGGAAGUCCUGCCUAAAUACCCAUGGGCUCAACCAGAGCAGAGCCACGGUGGAGAUGACCUGUUCUCUGGAGAACCACAGAAAGGGGACAAGCUUGAAGAACUGGGAAUGAAAACUGAUGACUUGGUUAAACAUUUUACGCCAAACAAUUCAACAGAUCUGUCCUCCAGCUGUAAUGACAGUGACUCAACGCAUCCAGAGGAAAAACCAGAAGAGCACAGUCCUACUUCUCAAAGGGGAUUUUCACAAAGGAAAAAGGAACGCGCAGACUUCGACCCCCCAGCACCUCCACUUACUGACAAAUAUUCUUACUUGCAGGAGAGGGCAGCAGAACGCCUAGACCAGCAACGGACACAAGUUCAGGAAGUUAAAUCUUCAUCUUGGAGGAGAGUGGGGCCCAACAGUUCACCAGCGCUUAUCCCCCCUCCCAAACCCCGUAGACUAGAGGCCGACUCAAACAAAAAGCAAAGCCAGAGCAUUGCACAGAAUAAUCCAUCUGUUGAAAGACACAACACCUUUGUCUCCAAAGGCUUAGUCUCUACAAAUCCUAUGGCUCAGAGCAGAGAUGUACCCUCAGUGAAACCUCGGGAAGAUGCAAGGAAGGUGCUUAAUACAUCUGUUUCGUCAGCCAAUGAUGGCAAAUCUGUUCUCCGACUAGAAAAGCCUAAUAGACCUACACCACAAGUUUUGGUGUCAAGUUCUACAGAUGAACCUAUAGGACUGCCAAACACUCCCAAAGAGAUCCCCUCAGCCAAACCCAGACAAAGUGUAAUCAGCAAAGAGCAAGCAGAUCCUGAGCUAACAGCAGAGCAUACCACUGUACAGCAGGAGAACAGAUCCGAGAUGAGGGCAGUCUCAACCCCGGACAUCAUGGAAAGUAGUCCAACGAUGGCUAAAGCUACUGACUCUGUAGAAAGCGACAUUCACAAAAAACAACUGGAACUCAUUAUGAAAGAGCCGUUUGAUGACCCUUUCCCCAUUGCUGAGAUCCUGCCUAAAGACCCAUGGGCCCAACCAGAGCAGAGCCACAGUGGCGAUGACUUGUUCUCUGUAGGACCACAGAAAGACGACAAGCUUGAACAGAGACUGACAACUGACGAUUUGGUUAAGCUUUGUGUGCCAAACAACCCAACCGAUCUGUUCUCCAGUUGUAAUGACAGUGACCCAGAAAAACAUCCAGAGGAAGAAAAACCAGAAGGCCCCAGUCCUGCUUUUCAAAGGUUAUUUUCUCAAAGGAAAAAUAAACGAGCAGCACCUCGGCCUCAAGCUAAUUUGAGCAAUAAAGGAGCCAUGGGAAGAGGUGAGCUGGUUAAACAAGACGCUUCACCCAGAGAAAACGAAACAAUCAGGUUAGCCACUACAGGAUCUGUCAAACUUGAGCUGCAAGCCAAAAAUACUAGACAGAGAAAUCUCUAUAGUAUAGAAAAGGUAGAAACCCAAGCCAGGAAAGAGUGGACAGCAGACCCUUUUACCUUCUCCCGCAUGUCUUCUGACCUGACUUCUCCUGAGCCUCCCCAGUCAGUAGGUGAGCCCAAACCCCAGGCAGGGGCUGAGGGUAAGACCCUGCUACGGGCCUGGGUCUCAACCUCUGAGGCGCAGCCACUCACUGUUCUGAGUAGCAAUGGAGAUCGGCCAGACUUAACACCACUCAGGCCUCACCCAGUGAAGCCCAUGAGCUCCAUGGAGAGCCAUGCUCUCAUCAACACCCCAGUGGUGAGAGAGCUGAAGACCUAUGACAGCUCACUGGGAAAUAUGAAGGCACCAGGUAAGGUGGAGAGUGGGCCAUACACCCAGCUGACCCAGGAGGAGCUGAUUACCCUGGUGGUGAAGCAGCAGACGGAGCUCUCCAAGAAGGACUUCAAGAUCGUUGAGUUGGAGGAGUACAUAGACAACCUGCUGGUGCGUGUCAUCGAGGAGAAGCCCAGCAUCCUGCAAGGCCUCAACUCUCCCAAGCAGGCCCUGUAAGGUAUGAGGAGUGGGCCAGGGAACUGUAGGAUGGAGGGAAAGAUUUAGGCUUCUACUCCAAUAUUCCAUUUAGUUUGUGUGGUUUUAUAUUGCUGUCACUGUGUUGGAUCAAGAAAUCUCUAUGAAGGUCUUGUUUCCUUUGCUCAUAUGCACUUUUGUCUCCAUGAGGAGUCAGGCUGAGAUUCAAUUUCCAGGUUUCUUUUAGAAACCAGGAUGCAUGCUGGAAUGCUUUUUUUCUAUAACUAAUUAAUGAAUCAUUCCAGGCUACUAUUAUUUGACCAGCUUUUGCUCUUGUUGUAACACUACGCUACUGGAAUUCCUUUUAAUACUAAUUUACCGUAUGCGCACAUUUCUUGUCAUUGGGUUGGUACUUUUUUAAUCAACAUUUUAAAUCGGUCUCCUCUUCAGGCAGAAUAGAACUGGAUGCCCUCGGUAUGUUGAUGUCCAUGUCACUGAUGAAAUGUAUCUGUCCAGGCCUUUGCACAGUGACUCCAUGGUGCCUACAAUUCAGUGGACUUUAAUUAGCUAGUUAUACUUUGCUAUCUGCUCAUCCCAAAGCCUUAACACAGCGCUUCAAUAAUAAGAUGCUAGUGUUUUAUUUUGUUGCAUUCUUAAAACUUGAUCUUCUUUCAUUGUUUUCUAGGGUUAUGUUUGUCAUUCCUUUCUUUACAUCAUCAUGACUUGCCUUGGUGCUGCUAUACUACUUGGUGUAAUCACAGGAGUUAAUCUAAUACCAAAUAAAAUGGAUAAUAAUUAUUGUGGGGCUAGGUACAAGUACAUCAACCUUAAUCAGAAAGUCCAUGUUGUGUGGUAGGAACAUGUCGGAUAAACAAUGGUCUUAGUGUAGUUAGCUCGUUGACGCAUUAUUGAACCUGUGAUCGGAUUCUCGUGGUUUGAUUGGAAACUCGUCAGUCAACAUUCCUUACUUCAGUUUCUUGCAUUAGUUACCUUAUUACUUUAGUUGUUUAUCCUACCGUCCCCUUGUUACAUUUUGAAGUCAUGGAUAAAUGUGGUUAAGAGGGUUUGGCCAGUAACCAAAAGGUCACUGGUUCGAAUCCCUCAAGGUGGAAAGAACUGAUCAUGUUCAUGAGCAAGGAGAGACCUGAUUCACUUUUUUAAAUGUAUUUAUUUUUAUCUACUGCUGUUGAAUCACUGAUGUACCCACUGUGCAUUCUUUUCUUUCUAUUGUAAAAUAUUUAUGCAAAUAUAAGUGCACACACCAUGUCAAAUAUUUAUGCAAGAGUUACUAAGAGUUUAACUUUGAGUAAGAGCUUCCAAUAUAAUUACAUUUUAUAUGGAAAUUGAAAAAAUGUACGACUUCAUAUUCAUUUCCAGCACAACCCCAGCAUCAUCAAACAGUACGUGAAUAUCGUGUUUCCUAUGUUUUGUAGUAAAAAUGAGAGCUAAGUGUUUCCAAUUACAUCAAACAAAUAGUAGGCAAUGCCAAAUAAUUGGUGCACAAUGAUGUCAUUGGAAACCAUCUUCCUCCAUCUUUACUACAAAACAUAUAAACGUGCCAUUUUCACAUGUUGAUGUUGGGGAGCUGCUGGAGAUGAGGAAUAUGAAGUUGAAAUUUCAAUUUUUAAGCAUUAUGAAUGUUUCAAAAUAAACCUUAUCCAUGUUAGAUGUAAUGCCUUUGGCACUUUGAAGUGCUUAUUAAGCGGUAGGUUUUGACACUGACAAUGGCCUUACAACUUGUGUAAGUCUCAAUGUAAUCUACUCAAUGCAUCUUCUGCAACUAUGCCUUCGUGUAAUGUCAUAGCAAUAAGAAAUCUUGUGAAAUAUUCACAUGUCUAUGAUUGUGCCUUCAAGGGUUUUACACCUAAGAAUUUACUUUUUGUGAUUACUGUAAGUCUGGAUUCCUUAAGAGCUUUUUGUUUAUACUGCUUUUAAAUUCAGAGUAUUGUAUACACUUUGAUCGUUCCAAUUGCAAUAAAGUAUAAUAAAUCUUAA